CAAACAUAACAAAAACAUAACUGAAAAGUGCUUUCAAAUUGUGUUGCGUGUUUUCGGGUGACAAUCGUAGUUGAAGUCUUGUUUAGUGCACAUCGGGACUGAAGUGUGAGACGGCCGUAGAUAGUGUUUUGUCACGUGUUUACGAAUGAAUGUGACGGCGUAGGCGGCGGGUCGCACUCUCCGUGAGAUAUUCGUGCGCGCGCAGGUCGUCGCGGCCAUGCUGCAUACCUGACGAGAGCGAGCGCGCGAGUCUGCGCGAACGGGACACAGAGAGCGCUCCCGGCGCGCGUCAACUUUCCCUGACGAAGAACAACCCUGCGAUGUUUUUGUCGGUGUCAUGACGAGGAUGGGGCGAUGGCACGUGGCGCUGGUCGCGCUGGCGGCGCUCCUGGGCGCGGGCGUCAGCGCCGCCGCAGAGCAGAUGCAGUCCCGCGCCGUCGACACCGGCGUCGACCUUCGCGUGCCCGAAGACCAGCCCGUCGGCACUAUCGUUGGCAGGAUUCCCAUUAAACCUGGGUUUACUUACCGCUUCAAUGAACCUCCCAAGGAAUUCGUCCUAGACCCGGUGUCUGGUGAGAUCAAAACCAACUUGGUUCUCGAUAGGGAAGCGGUAGACCGUUAUGCGUUUGUUGUGUUGUCGAGUCAACCAACUUAUCCGAUAGAAGUGCGAUUGCGGGUGACCGAUGUGAAUGACAAUUAUCCAGAAUUCCCCGAACCGAGUAUAGCGGUUGCGUUUUCCGAGAGUGCCGCGGCCGGGACAAAGUUAUUGCUCGAUGCUGCCACCGAUAUGGAUUUAGGAGAAAAUGGUAUCACGAAUGAUUAUAGAAUAGUAGAUGGUGAUACCGAAGGGAAGUUUAGGUUGAAUGUCACCGUAAAUCCAAGCGGUCAAACAUCUUAUUUACACCUAGAGACAACGGGAAAGUUGGAUCGGGAAACCACCGACUUUUAUAUCCUGAACAUAUCAGCACGUGAUGGUGGUAAGCCACCGAAAUACGGGUAUCUACAAGUGAAUGUAUCUAUUUUAGACGUUAACGAUAAUCCUCCAAUAUUCGAUCAAAGUGACUUUUCAGUGUCUUUGAAUGAGAGUGUACCACCGGGAACUACAGUUCUAAAAGUGACAGCCACGGAUAGUGACUUAGGUGAUAAUAGUAAAAUAACUUACGAAGUGACCGAUACCGAGAGACAAUUUGCAGUGGAUCCGGAGUCCGGGGUAAUCACGACUACGAAGAAGCUAAAUUGUCCUAAGUAUUGUAGUAACACUACUUGCAAUAUGACUUGCGUUCUUACUGUUAUUGCUAAAGAUCAUGGCGUGCCUCGUCAAGAUGCACGGACCUACGUUACUGUCAAUCUCAUAGAUGCCAAUGACCAUGAUCCUGUAAUAACGUUCACGUAUGUUCCUUCGACAGCCAACUUCGCUACUGUAGAUGAAAAUGCCAAAAACGGUUCUCUUGUAGCAGCUAUUACUGUGACUGAUUUAGAUGCAGGUUUGAAUGGUAUUACUAGUAUAAGCAUAGUUGCAGGUAACGAGCUUAACCAUUUUCGUUUGGAAAAUUCAUCCAAUGUGUAUAUAGUACAUGUAAAUGGUGUUUUAGACAGGGAAGAAAUUAGCAAGUAUAAUUUGACUGUUGUUGCUACUGAUAGAGGAUCUCCUCCACGUACAGCUACCUCAUUUUUAGUUAUUCACGUUAAUGAUGUUAAUGACCACGAGCCCGUAUUUGAAAAAUCUGAAUAUUCUACUGUACUGACGGAACUUGCACCUUCAGGAUCUUAUGUGGCCAGUAUAACAGCUACUGAUGAAGAUACAGGGGUGAAUGCUGAGAUAUUUUAUGAUUUCUAUGAUGGAAAUCAACAGCAGUGGUUUACCAUCGAUCACUUGACCGGCUUAGUUACAACAAAAUCAAUGUUAGACCGUGAGAUUCAAGGAACUGUUGAACUGAACGUUUCAGCCAGAGAUGGCGGUCCUAAUCCUAAAUGGGCAUACACUAGACUAAAAAUUACCAUAUUAGAUGAAAAUGAUGAAGCACCGACCUUUUCACAGCCACAAAUCAAUGCCACUUUGCAUGAAAAUAUAAAGCCACAAAAGGAAAUAUUAAUUCUCACUGCAUCUGAUUACGACCAGGGAACUAAUGGUUCUGUAUCUUAUUAUUUGCCAUCAAGUAUUGAGAGAAAAUAUCCUAACACUUUUACAUUGGAUCCUAUAACAGGGCAACUUAGCACAACCAUCGAAUUAGACAGAGAAAGAAUACCAUUGUAUGAAAUUCAAGUGCUUGCAAAAGAUCAAGGGUUUCCUCCUCAAUCUUCCACGGCAACAAUAUUACUAAAAGUUCUAGAUGUAAACGAUAAUGAUCCCAUGUUUUAUCCACAAAGAUACAUUGAAAGUAUCAACGAGGAAAUGCCAGUUGGAACAAAUGUUUUACAAGUAAAAGCAAUGGAUUUAGAUGAAGGCGAAAAUGCCCGAAUCAUGUACAGACUUGAAAGUGGUGGAGACGGGUAUUUCGAUAUAGAGCCAUGGACAGGAAAUAUUGUUUUGCAGAAAGAUUUUAGGAAAGCUCCAGAGACGGUUUAUACCUUGAAAAUAUCCUGUAAAGAUAAAGGAAAUAGACGAGCAUUCGAAGACGCUAUAGUAGAAAUUGUUAAGACAUCUCAACGCAAAAAUCUUCAAUUUGAUGGUUACAACGGUUACACUUUCAAGAUUCUCGAAGAUGAAGGUACCUCAAAAGCAGAAAUUGGGCGUUUUGUAGGAAAAGUAAAUGCUAGAAUAUCCAGUGACACAAUAUCAUAUUACAUCUUGGAAGGUGAUCCAAAACAUGUUUUCAAAAUGGAUGAAAAAACAGGCGUCAUAAUCACUGAUUCUAAUGUUGACCGUGAAGAUAAGAUGACAUAUCAUUUAAAAGUUAUGGCAAAGACCGGAGUAGCGUUCGGAUUUACUACAGUUAACAUUUCAGUGCUAGAUGUUAAUGACAACUAUCCUAUAUUUAUAGAAGAUAAAGACGAAAUUCACAUUCCUGAAAACAUGGCAGUUGGGCAAGAGGUAUACUUUGCCAGAGCUACUGAUCGUGAUUCUGGCUCUAAUAGAACGAUAUUUUACACCCUGAGCUACAAUCCUGAAAACAACUUUAGGAUAUCUGAAACAACAGGAGUAAUUUAUUUAAAUAAACCGAUAUCUAGUGAGCCAGGCACCGUAAUUUUUAUCGAGGUAACGGCAACAGAUAAUGGAAGUCCAGCACUAGCGGCAAAGCAUUCCAUAUCAGUAGUUAUCGAUGACGUCAAUGAUCAUACCCCCGUAUUCGACCACACUUCCUACGAAACUUCACUGCUGGAAUCCACGUUGGUAAACACACGAUUUUUCGCUAUAUCUGCAUCUGAUGCCGAUCUGGGUCCCAGUGGAAGAAUUUCUUACUAUAUCGCAGAAGGAAACACUGAUGGGAAGUUCGGAGUAUUCCCAGAUGGUUAUUUAUAUGUAAAAAGCUUAUUGGACAGGGAAGAACGCGAUUACUACUCAUUAACGAUAAUCGCAACAGAUCACGGGAAACCAGUAAGAUCAUCUCAAGUGCCAGUCGUUAUUCACGUUCUGGAUGAAAAUGAUAAUAGCCCUCAAUUUACUAAUACCACGUUUAUAUUCAAAAUAAAGGAGAACGAACCACCAGAUACAUUUGUUGGAAAAUUAACAGCCACAGACAGGGAUAUUGGCCGCAACGCUGAAUUAACGUUUUCAUUACCAAUCGCGCAAAACGAUUUCCGUAUUGAUUCCAGAAACGGUUUCAUUAAAACGUUAAAAUCAUUCGACAGGGAGAGCUUGGCACAAAAUACGGGGCAAAACUACAUUACAUUGACUGUCACUGUUAGUGAUAACGGUAAAGUUAAAUUGUCUGAUUCCGUAAGAGUAACGAUUUACAUAACAGAUGUCAAUGACAACCCGCCCGUCUUUACGCGAACUCCCUAUAAGGUUGAGGUAUCUGAAGGUGCCGCUGUGGGAGCUUCUAUUAUGCGAGUGUACUCGACAGAUGCUGACGAAGGACUGAAUGGUGACAUUUACUAUAAACUGAUUGGAGGUGAUGAUUCAGGAAAGUUUUCGUUAGAUGAAGCUACGGGUCAAUUACUUAUAAACAAGCCUUUGGAUCGUGAAACCAAAGACCACUAUAAGCUUACGAUAAUGGCCCAUGAUUCCGGUCAGACAAUUCGGUUAUCUGCGACAGCGACAAUCACAGUUGACGUGUUGGAUGAAAAUGACAAUGCACCCGUAUUUACCCAAACACAAAUGAAGGUGUCAGUGUUAGAAACGGAACCCGUGAAUAAGAAAAUAAUUCAAUUUCAUGCGACGGAUGCAGACUUAGGCAUCAAUCAGGAACUUCAGUACUCUAUUACGUCGGGUAAUAGAAAAGACGCCUUUUUUAUCGACAGCUAUUCAGGCGAAUUGUUCUUACACAAACAGUUAGAUUAUGAGGAUUUAACAUCAUAUGUUUUGAAUAUAACUGCCACGGAUAACGGCAAUCCGAGCUUAUCAUCGAGCAUAUUAUUUACUGUAAACGUAAUCGACGCAAAUGACAACGCACCCAUCUUUACCAAUACAGCUAUUGUGCGACAGAUAAGAGAAGGUAUUCCGAAGCAUACUCCAAUAGUGACAGUUACCGCAGAAGACCCAGAUUCUGGCUUAAACGGCAAAGUUUAUUAUUCGAUCACGCACCAAGACCCUAAUGACAGCAAGCGGCACUUUGCCAUAAAUAACAUCACUGGGGUCAUACAUACUUUAUUGCCUAUUGAUAGAGAAAGUAUUGACACGUUCAGAAUAACUGUCGUCGCUUAUGACAGAGCUGAACCACCAUCGGCGCGACUAUCUGCUGAGAAAUUAGUUACUGUAAUCGUCGAAGAUAUUAACGACAAUGCUCCAGUUUUCGUAUCUAUGAACGCUGCCGUGAUCAACACAGAGAGGCUAGGAAGAAGUGCUGGUCGUGGAAUAUUUAUAAUGAACGUAUUAGCGCGUGACUUGGAUUCAGGAACAAAUGGAUUGGUUACUUACAAGCUUAUUCACGGUAGCAACGAGGGAUUCGAUCUGCAUCGAAGUAACGGUGCAUUGACUUUACGUUAUCCUCCUGCGACACCGGAGGCGCGUUGGAAUUUGGUCAUAAAAGCUACGGACGAGGCUGUGUUGAGUGAACAGAAAAGUACUGAAGCUUACCUCAACGUCAUCAUGGGUGGAACAGAGCUGCAAGGUGUUAUGUGGACAAACGUAGGGUCGGUAUCCGUGGCUGAAAACGAACCCGCGGGGACGGCAGUGUUAAACUUGACUAAUAACUAUAAAUCCGGUUUAGAAUAUUACAUAGUGAACGUGACUGGCGAUGGUAGACAAGUGGACAGGCUGUUCGAUAUAGAUUCUUCGUUGGGAAUACUAUCGACGGCAGUGUCUCUGGAUCGAGAAGCUGGUGUGGACCGCUACGAAGUGGAGAUAUGCGCCGUCUCAUCUGGGACGCCGCUAAAAACAACAACGACUAAGGUGGAGGUCGUAAUAUUGGACAAGAACGACAGCCCUCCGGAGUUCAAGAACAUACCGCCUGCUUAUUUGGCAUCGGAGGACAUGGCCCCGGGACAGCGCAUCGCUACCGUCGCUGCCGAGGACCCGGACUCCAUCGGCAGCAUCACGUACAGCAUACAGAACGACGAGCCCACGCCCUUCUCUCUCGACCCCCACUCCGGCCUCCUCACGCUCAAAGACCCUCUAGACAGGGAAACGACUUCUGAGUACCAGAUAAUCGUGAGAGCCGACGACGGCAUCCAGUUCACGGAUGUAACAGUUGUUGUUCAGGUAACGGACACGAAUGACAACCCGCCCGUGUUCAAGGAGAGUGCUUACUCUUUCGACAUUGCCGAAAACGCUGCGAGAGGGGCUAUGGUUGGCACAGUUGCGGCCAUUGACCCCGAUUCAGGACCAAACGCUCAGCUCACCUACACCGUCAUCUCGGACUGGGCUAAUGACGUGUUCUCGCUCAACCCUCAGACAGGGGUGUUCACUUUGACAGCAAGACUGGAUUACGAAGAGACACAACACUACAUAUUGGUGGCGCAAGCGCAAGACAGUGGCCAUCCAUCUCUCUCUGGCACUGUUACUGUUUACGUCAACGUGAUUGAUCUGAACGACAACGCGCCAAUAUUCGACCCCAUGAGCUUUUCUAACGAAAUCUUAGAGGACGUCCCUAUUGGUUCCUCAGUUGUCACCAUAAGCGCCACUGACUUGGAUUCAGGUAUGAAUGGUAAAGUGACGUACAGCAUCAGCUCCGGGGAUGAAGGCCAGGACUUCAGUAUAGCUGAAAACGGCACAAUAUACACCGCAAAGCUACUGGAUAGAGAAACUCUUCCGAUAUACAACCUCGUUGUUACUGCCAAAGACAUGGCGAAGCCGCCGGAACCUCAACUAUCAUCUACUGUACAGGUAACCAUACAACUAAAGGAUGUCAAUGACAUGGCACCUGAGUUUGUUACACCCAAUAUAACAACAGUUUCCGAAAAUAUUCCAUUGAAUACAGUCGUAAUGACCAUAAAAGCUGUCGACAAAGAUGAAGGUAGAAAUGGAUAUGUGGAAUAUUUUAUGACCCCAGAUCCAGAAAUCAAUGGUUAUUUCUCUUUGGGCAAUGUUGAUGGUAUUUUAAGAGCAACGGGAAAACUUGACAGAGAAUUAAAGGCAAGUUAUACGAUAACUGUCACGGCUAAGGACAGAGGCGAUCCACCUAAUGUAACAAAAUCAAAAAUUAAAAUAAAUAUUUUGGACGAGAAUGAUAACAGUCCAGUUUUUGAUCCAAAGCAAUACAGUGCCUCUGUACCAGAAAAUGCAAGUAUUGGAGCAAGCGUCUUACAAGUCUCUGCUACAGAUAUCGAUGAAGGUGCAAAUGGUAGAGUGAGAUAUUCGAUUGCAUCGGGCGAUGAAAAUAGAGAUUUCAGUAUAAGUGAAGACACUGGGAUCGUCAGAGUUGCCAAAAAUCUUAAUUUUGAGAGAAAAUGCCGUUACAUGCUCACAAUAAGAGCUGAAGACUGUGCUAAAGACGAUGUCAGAUUCGAUACGGCUGAAUUAUCUAUUUCAAUUCAAGACAUAAACGAUAACCCACCCACGUUCCUUGAUUCACCGUACUUAGCGUACGUAAUGGAAAAUGUAAUUCCUCCCAACGGCGGGUACAUAAUAACAAUUCAUGCUUAUGACGCUGAUUCACCUCCAUUUAAUAAUCAAGUCCGCUAUUUCAUAAAGGAAGGCGAUGCAGAUCUUUUCAAAAUAAAUGCUUCGUCUGGGCAAAUUUCCUUGUUAAGAACAUUAGAUCGUGAAGCACAGGAUGAAUAUACCUUAGCACUCGUAGCAAUGGAUACUGGUUCACCUCCACUAACUGGAUCCGGGACAGUAAAAAUCGUGGUUCAGGAUGUAAAUGACAAUAGCCCUGAUUUUGAAAGACAAAGUUAUAGAACAAACGUGAAAGAAAAUUUACCAGCUGGAACUGUGAUUCUUAGUCCUAAAGCUACCGACAAAGAUGUUGGGAACAAUGCGAAAAUAAGAUACAGCCUUCUAGGAGAUAAAUCUGAAAGAUUUCAAAUCGACUCUGCGACAGGUGUUAUUUCAACAAAUGCCACGUUAGACCGGGAAGACUGGGAUGUUUAUUACCUGAUUAUAAUGGCGCAAGAUUCGUCAACUACUGAUCCAAGAACUGCUACAGCUAAUCUCACAAUAAUAGUAGAAGACGAAAACGAUAAUACACCGACAUUUGCACAUCCAGUAUACGAAGCUCAUAUAUCCGAUCGAACCGUCAAAGGUGAUUUCGUUUUUGGAGUUAAAGCCAGCGAUAACGAUAUUGGACUAAACAAAAAGAUUGUUUAUGAUUUAAAAGGCGAACAUCAAAAUUUGUUCACAAUUAAUAGAGAAACCGGAGUUAUCAAAGCCAAUGAAAACCUUAUGAAGUUUAAGGAUAAAAGUGGAUCUACUUUUAACUUGCUAAUAAUAGCGACGGACAGCGGGGAAAUUCCAAAACAAAGUACAGCUGAGUUGAUUCUAAUACCCAAAUCAGUCAAGAAUUUCCCGAAAUUUACAGUAACAAAUAAAUUAACUUUUACAUUCUCCGAAGAUACACCGGAGGGAGUUUUGGUAACAAGAUUGUCAGCUACAUCUCCAAAAAAGGGUCCAACUGGCUUACUGCAAUAUGGCAUUGCCGGUGGAAAUGUUGGAGACGCUUUGAGAGUAGAACCUAUGAGCGGUGAAGUCUUUAUAACUGGAAAAGGGCUUGACUAUGAAACAAUGCCUUUGUAUGAAGUUUGGUUUGAAGUAAGAGAUUCUGAUAACCCUCCACUAAAAUCAUUUAUUGAAAUCGAAAUUAAAGUAACAGAUGCAAAUGACAAUCCGCCAGUUAUUGAAAAUGCUUUAUACAAUGCAACUGUAUUAGAAGAAGAAUACCCACCACAACUGGUCAUUAAAAUAGACGCACAUGAUGAUGAUUCUAAUGAAAACGGCAGAAUAUCUUUUAAAUUGCUCAAUGACUGCGAUGAAACAUUUAGAAUAGACCCUGAAAUCGGAGAAAUUUAUACCAACAUAGCUUUGGAUAGAGAGUCGAUUCCGUUUUAUGAACUGAUUGUAGAGGCUGUGGAUCAUGGAGUACCUCAACUCACAGGGACAUCGACAGUUAUUGUAACCGUGUUAGAUAAAAAUGAUAACCCACCACGAUUUACGCGGUUGUUUAGUGUCAAUGUAACAGAAAAUGCGGAAAUCGGAUCAUUCGUCAUAAGGGUCACAAGUUCUGAUCUGGACACUGGCCCAAACGCGAACGCAACGUACACUUUUGUCGAAAAUCCAGGUCAAAAGUUUAUUAUCGACCCUGUAAGUGGAAACGUUACAGUUGCGAGGCCUCUUGAUAGAGAAUUACAAGAUGAGUACAUUCUGAAAGUAGCUGCAACUGAUGGAGCUUGGCGUUCUGAAACACCGUUGACAAUCACAAUACAAGAUCAAAAUGAUAAUGCCCCUGAAUUCGAAUAUUCAUAUUACAGCUUCAACUUUCCGGAGUUGCAACAGAAAAAUAGUUUUGUUGGACAAGUCAUUGCUACUGAUAGAGACAAACAAGGUCCUAAUUCAAUAAUAUCUUACUCAUUACAACAACCAUCUGACUUAUUUUCUAUUGAUCCUGCUACCGGAGAAAUUCUUAGUAAAUUCAAGAUGAAUUAUAAAAGAACCUCGAUCAAUUCAUCACCUGAAAACACUUAUUCUGUUGUCGUUGUAGCUACUGACAACGGAAAACCUCCUAUGUCAUCUGAGUGCUUAGUGACAAUAAAUGUAGUUGACGCUAACAAUAAUGCACCGAAGUUCAAAGAUCAUGAAAAGUUUGUACCUGUACCCAAAGAUGCCACGUCAGGAGAAAGAAUCAUAAAACUAACUGCUGAAGAUAAUAUGGACUUUGGUAUAAAUGCAGAAGUAGAAUAUUAUGUAUCAGGUGGUAACGGCACUGCAUACUUGACCAUAGACAAAAGAAGUGGCUGGAUUAUCGUGAGCAAACAAUUCUACUACCUUGGCCAAUACUACGAACUAAAAAUAAAAGCUGUAGAUCGUGGUGUUCCUCCACAAUCUGAUGAAACCACUGUGAUAUUCGUUGUGACAGGCGAAAAUAUGCACAGCCCUAAAUUCACAGCUCUAAGCUAUCAGGUAAUUGUACCUGAAAACGAACCAGUAGGCGCAUCAAUUCUUACUGUAAGAGCAAGUGACGAAGAUGAAGGCCCUAAUGGGAUUGUCCGAUAUUCCAUCUCAUCUGGAAAUGCUGGAGAAGAAUUCCAAAUUCAUCCGAUAUCCGGAGCCAUCAGUAUAUUGCGUCCACUUGAUUUCGAUACUAUCCAAGAGUACAGACUAAAUAUUACAGCAAAGGAUCUUGGCUUCAAGUCAAAAGAAGCUAUUGCCACACUUACAAUAAUAUUGACCGACAUCAAUGACAACUCUCCUCAAUUCAACCAAACAAGAUAUACUGCGUAUUUACCAGAAAACUCUCCUGUCAACAGUUUUAUAUACAAAGUAACAGCUGUUGAUAUUGAUUCUCCGAAAAACGCAAUCAUCAAAUACUUUAUCAACAAUGACAUGGCUUCGUUAUUCCACAUAGAUGUCAACACUGGAGAAAUAUUUUCUAAAGAAGUAUUCGAUUAUGAAGAAAAACGAGUUUACACUUUAGAGAUUAGAGCUGAAAAUCCUGACUCAAUUAUGCGUAAUACUACUGAAGUAAUAGUUUACAUAACAGGUGUAAAUGAAUAUUAUCCCAAAUUUAAACAACCCGUAUUUCAUUUUGAUGUAUCAGAAUCUGCAGAAGUCGGUGCUAAUGUUGGUGUUAUUCAAGCUACGGACCAAGAUAGUGGAGAUGAUGGAAUAAUAUACUACUUAUUCGUGGGCUCAAGCAAUGACAAGGGCUUCAGUAUUAAUUCCCAAACAGGCGUGAUUCGAGUAGCACGGUAUUUAGACAGAGAAACUCAAAACCGAGUCGUAUUAACAGUUCUAGCGAAAAAUUCUGGUGGAAUACGCGGAAAUGAUACUGAUGAGGCACAAGUUAUCAUAUCUAUUCAAGAUGGCAAUGAUCCACCUGAAUUUUUACGCCACUAUUACGAGGCUACAGUUUCCGAAGGUGCAAGCAUUGGACAGGAAGUAAUUCAAGUUAAAGCAGUAGACAAAGAUGUACGCCCGCAAAAUAACCAAUUUAGCUUCUCCAUAAUAGGAGGAAAUACUAAUCAGGAUUUCAAAAUAGAUCCUCAAACUGGAGAAAUUGAGGUUGUACGGCAGUUAGAUAGAGAAACUUUACCUAUGUACACACUUAUAGUUGGUGCCAUUGAUACUGGAGUGCCACCACAAACUGGUACAGCUACUGUGAAAAUAACUUUGUCAGAUAUAAAUGACAAUGGACCCAUAUUUGAUACUGCAAGUUUCGAGGGAUCUGUUUACGAGAACGAACCACCAAAUACUAGCAUUGCAACGCUUUCUGCUAAAGAUCCUGAUUUACCUCCGAAUGGAGCUCCUUUCUCAUAUGCUGUUGUCGGAGGAAGACAUCAAAGUUAUGUAAGGGUUCACAAGCAUACGGGCGUACUAGUGACGACAAAGAAAAUAGAUAGAGAAUUGACACCCACCCUUGAAGUUGUGAUACAAAUAGAAGAUAGCGGCAAUCCGGUUAUGAAAUCAAAUUAUACAAUAUUUAUUAAGGUAUUAGACAGGAACGAUAAUCCACCAACUCCGAGAUCAGCUCACGUUAUAGUCUUUGCUUUUAAUAACAAAGUGCCUCGUGGUAAGAUUGCUGACGUGAAACCAAACGACCCAGACAUCACAGGAGAUUACAGAUGUAAGAUUAUCAAGGAGUCUACAUCGGAAAACACUCUCUCACUUCUUAGUAUUAGAUCUGGUUGCAACCUAUACACCAACGCUGUUAAACCAGGGCAAGGAUAUUCGUUUUCGGUAUCAGGAAAUGAUGGCGUGCAUAGAGAUGUCAUAUCUUCAAUAAGCGUGGAAUAUUUUUCAUUUGAUAAUAAUACUGUUGAACAAUCCAACACAUUGAGAAUAUUGAAUAUGACAGCAUCAAACUUUUUAACUCAUUACUACCGGAGUUUACUGGAAAUUCUAAAAGAAGGGCUGAAAAGCAAAGAAAGUAUUUACUUGUACAGCAUCAAUGAAGUCGACGGAAACUUAGAUUUGACGAUAGCCACUAAAGGUAAUCACUCAAUUUGGAAAAGAGAAAUGACCGAAAAAUAUUUAAAAGCUAAAGAGUUUCAAAUAACAAAAUUAUUAAAAAGCCAAAUAAUUAUAGCCUACUUCCCGUGCGCUUCUCAACAAUGCAAAAAUGAUGGCCUUUGUACAGAUUCGAUACGAGUAUUAGAUGAUACCAAAAUUAUAGAGAGCCCAUCUCUUAUAUUAUCAUCACCUUUUGUUAGACACGAAUACACUUGUCACUGUACGGACGGUUUCAUAGGAGGCAAUUGUGAAAAGCGUCAAGAUCCGUGUUCACCAAAUCCUUGUCGUUUUGGUGGAAUAUGUCGAAAACAAGGUCACGAUUUCACAUGCACUUGUCCAGCUCGCAGAGAUGGUAAAACUUGUGAGAUGGAAAGAGACGAUGUGUGUAGCAGUAAUCCAUGUAAGAAUGGUGGUUCAUGUAAAGAAAGCGCUGACAGAAACUCAUUCUUUUGCCUAUGUCGCCCUGGAUAUCGUGGUAAUCACUGUGAAGCCUUAGUUGAUUCGUGUCGUCCAAAUCCCUGUAUGCACGGAGGAAUAUGCAUAAGUUUGAAGCCUGGAUAUAAAUGUAGUUGUACAAAUGGACGCUAUGGAACACACUGUGAAAGUACAACAUUCGGAUUUGGUGAACUAUCUUACAUGCAAUUCCCAUCUCUUGAUGCGUCUACCAACGAUAUAACAGUAAUAUUCGCUACUACGAAACCCGAUGCUUUACUGCUGUACAAUUACGGUGGGCAGACUGGUGGAAGAUCAGAUUUUAUAGCCAUCGAGCUGUUGGGAGGAAAGCCAGUGUUUUCAUUUGGUGGCGCUAGAACAUCCAUUACUUCAGUCGCCAUAAUGAAUCCUAAAACCAACUUAGCUGAUGGUAGCUGGUACAAACUCACUGCGACCAGAAAUGGGCGAGUGAUUUCACUGAGUAUAGCGUCUUGUACUGAUCAUGGAGAUGUCUGUACUGAAUGCGACCCUGGUGACGAUUCAUGUUACGAUGAUGAUACUGGACAGGCUGGAACCUUGAACUUUAACAACGAACCUUUACUCAUCGGUGGCCUACACAAAGCAGACCCAGUACUGGAACGCCCCGGACAAAUACAUUCUGAUGAUUUCGUGGGAUGUAUGCACAGUAUCACCAUCAACGGCCGAUUGCUGAACCUAACUAACCCCAUAAAGGCACGAGGCGUGGAACCAAAGUGCGAACGAUCAGAGAAAGGCGCCUGUUUCAAGAAAGAUGUCUGUGGAUCAGGAGAAUGUUUGGAUAGGUGGAAGGCUAAUUUGUGCAAGUGCAAAGGUGGGUUAAUAUCUUCUGAUUGUGGACUUUCACUGCAAUCGAUUUCAGUUGCUGAAAAUGGAUUUGUAACUUACACGAUAUCAGAAAAACACAGAAGAAUGCAAUUAUUAGAGACUUUUUAUGGAGGGAACACCGGGUGGGCGAAGAAAAAUAGCAAAACAUCAGGCAAAGUAAUACCUAAAGUCAACAGCCCAGCAAAAAGUUUGUCAUUCUUUUUUAGGACACACAGAAAAGAUGGUGUCCUAUUUUAUUCAGCAACUGAUAAAUAUUACACUGUUAUCGAACUUCUGGAAGGAAAGGUCUGUUACACAUCAAAACAGAAUACUGUUGUAAAUAUGAGUCAAUCAGAGCAAAAUGACGUGUCGGAUGGAAACUGGCAUAACAUUACUUUGGUGUCAGUUGGAAGAAGUAUUCGCCUGCUUGUUGAUGACAAAAAUGUCGGAGAAGAACUUGAUGCCGCUGGAGUACACGACUUUUUAGAUCCAUAUUUGACUGUCAUAUCGAUUGGAGGAGUUAAACAUGAAUGGGUAACUACAUCAAGCCAAAACAAAUUUGAGGGAUGCUUGGCUAAUUUCUCAAUAAACAAUGAAAUUCAACCAUUCAGUGGCAAUGGCAGCAUAUUCAAAGAGACAGUCCACAGAGGCAAAAUAUUAAACGGAUGUCACAGUGCCUUUGGUGUUGGUGCAGCUCAAAAUCAUCCACUACGCAUUGGCAUAACACUUGUAAUUGUGUUCUUCGUCAUUUUAUUAGUCGCAAUCUCGGUUUCGAUCAUCUUUUAUAGACUUCGUAAGCAGAAAAAAGAAAAAGGUAAUGGAUCUGCAACAAAAGGUAAUAUUGUACACUCCAAGCAGAACGGAGGCCCUGCUAUGUUAAACGCACCAAAUCUUAUAGCUGGCACAAAUGACAGCCUAAUGAACAGAAAUCUUCACAAUAAUGAUACCAGUCUCAAUAGCUAUAUGUCAGAGAAUGCAGAUAUAACGCGCAAUGUAGGCCACAUCGUUGGUCCCGAACUACUUUCAAAGAAAUACAAAGAUAGAGAAAUAAUGAACAUUGAUCCACCAAGACCACAGCGACCUGACAUCAUAGAGCGCGAAGUUGUUGGGAAAAGUCCGGCUCUCCGUGAAGACCACCACCCACCUCCACCGCCAUCAACAAAUACCUCCCACCAUACUCAUGACCACCCAAGUGGUAUGGAUUUAAAUUCUGAAGUUCCCGAACACUACGAUCUAGAAAACGCUAGCUCAAUAGCGCCUUCUGACAUAGACAUUGUUUAUCAUUACAAAGGAUUCCGAGAGGCAGCAGGUGUUAGAAAAUACAAAGCUACUCCACCACCGAUUGCAGGCUACCACCAUAAACAUCAAACUCCUCAGCAUCGUCACUCACCGCAUCAUCCCAGUGGUUAUCCAUCACGCGUACCGCAGGCAGCCCAGCCGCCGCCGCAGCCAAGACAACAUCAAACAACACCAUUAGCACGUUUAUCUCCAAGCAGCGAAUUGAGUCAGCAGCCUCGAAUCUUAACUCUUCAUGAUAUUUCUGGUAAACCGCUGCAGAGUGCUUUAUUAGCAACAACAUCAAGUUCUGGGGGCGUGGGCAAAGAUGCCUUGCAUAGUAACAGCGAAAGAAGUUUGAAUAGCCCUGUCAUGUCACAACUGAGUGGGCAAAGCUCAUCAGCAGGCAGAAAAACCCCCAGCGCCCCUCCACAAGUUCCGCAAGUAGUGUCUGUUGGCUCAGGUGCAGUAGGGCUCACAGCUGAGGAAAUAGAAAGAAUGAAUGCAAGGCAACGGACUUCUAGUUUAGUGUCCACAUUAGAUGCAGUUUCAAGUUCAAGUGAAGCCCCUCGGGGUGGAGGAGUCGGUCACCAUAUGUCACACAGACAUCACUCACCGCCAGACGAUAACAGAAGUUCCACAGGUUCAGAUGAUGAAAGUGGGAACGAUAGUUUUACUUGCUCAGAAAUAGAAUAUGACAACAAUAGUAUAAAUGCCGAUAAGCUAGAAGAUGUUAGAAGACAAAAUGUUAGUAGUGGAAGCAAUCCUAAAAAGCCUAUUCUGCCACCACCGUAUGAAAGUUUUGAUUCAUCGUUCCGAGGGUCACUAAGCACUCUAGUCGCAUCUGAUGAUGAUCUGGCCCCGCACGUUAGCUCAGCACUGUACCGACAGGCAAAUGGUUCCCCCGCUUCAGCCGCACUCGGCUGGGGCCCGGCUGCACUCGAUCUGUUCAACUGGGGACCAAAUUUUGAAAGUAUGAUUGAUGUAUUUAAGGACAUAGCUGAAUUACCCGACUCUGUGAAUGGGAGAAUGUCUUCCUCGCUAAGACUGCAGAACGGCACUCCAAAGCCGUCAGAAGAAUACGUUUAAUGUGUUAGGAUAUUUAGAAUGUAAAUAGUAAUAAAUAUAGUUUUAUAUUUUGUAAAAUAAUUGUUGUGAUCUUGUAUCAAGGUCUCUAUACUUCUUGCCAUAUAUUGUUUAUAUGUUUUCAUAUUAAAUGCCUAUGUGGUGGAUACAUUGUGUAUAAGUUAAAUAAUAAUAAAAAAAAACAAUAUCGUGAAUAAUAAACAUAACUCGGUACGAACUAUUUUGAAGGUUUUAUACAAAAUGUAUUCACAACAUACAUGUGUGGUUUAUAACAGGCGGUGUUGUUCAUCGUCAAUUGAAGCUGGUAAUCUUAAUCUAACAUUGGGAUAUUCAGUAUCCACAAAGUUUUGACAAUCGGGCCUUGGACACCUGUAUCAUAUUACCUAUAAAUUACAGCUUCAACGUGUUAAACCUCGGUGUAAAUAAAGUUUGUAAAUAGAAUACAUAUAAAUAUCUUUAAUAAACAAUGUGUAUGUAAAUAUUGUGUAACAGUGAAUUAUUUUAAGGUCAAACUUUAAAGCAAAAUUGUUGAAGCUCUGACUGAAUUGGUAAAUCAUUGUGUAUCCGUCUCGUGUACAUAAUAUAAAUACGCUUAUUUAAUGGUAUCACCGAAUCCAUGUGAUAAUAAUGUUUGUACUCAUUUCUUUGUUUAAUUGUUCAGUGUCAGUUUUACUUUAAGACGGAAAAUGAAUGUAAGUCAGAGCCUUCGUUCCCGUUAUUGAUUGUAUCGCCAUAUUAUUUAGUAGAGUGCCAAAUGACUUUAAAUAAUUUUAAAUAACUGACUGAUUUCAUAAAUAAAAUAUAAUUUAAA